GCCCUUGCUGAUGGCCUUUUUGUUUGUUUGUUUUUGAGGUAACUAACGUGGUGACACGCUAUCAAAAAAUUAUUCAGCUCUACCUCUUUCUAGCUAGAGAAAGAGAUAUAUCAAAUUAUGAACGGAGAACAGCAUGUUUAGUCUGAAAUGACUUCUGUGCAAUGCGUUAAAAAACUAUGGUUUAGAUCUUUGGGAAUUCCCACAUACUCAUUUCUGUGUUUUCCUUCUGUAACUGUACCUUUACUUAUCACUGUAUCUAUUCUAUUAUUGACAGCCAUGGAAAUUCCCCAGGCCCCUGAGGUGACUGGCUCUUGUGGGUGCAAAAUGUAAUACCUUCUAACUAGUGGAAAGUUCUUCUGUAUGUUUCUUCUGAGCUUGGCUUGUGUCUUUUACACUAGUCUUACGUUUGUGUAACUGCUUCAUGCUCAGGCCUGAUUUAUACAGGUAUAUCGGAUCCAUACCUCCUUCAGACUGUUUACUAGAAAAAGCUUGUUUUAACUACAUGACUUGGGGCAGGUUAGCUCCUGGGCUGUUUAAAGGGUGUCUUGUCAUUUUCAGAUUACUUCCACUUUUGACCCAAUAUGCCAUGCGUACAGUAAUCAAAUAUCUUGUGUAGGGUUUUGAACAUUAAUAAGCCAACCUCUAGGAUAACAACAGAAAUAUUUCUCCCUUAUAUAUUGCUAUAGCAGACAUAGCAGACUCUGUGUUUUGGGGAAAGGAGUCUGUUUUUAAAUCCAGUACAGCAUUCAGUGAGCACACUUUGUUUCUUUAUUUGGGGAGUAUGGAUAGUCUCAGAGUGGCUCUCCUGCUCAUAGUGAGUGCUAAUGUGUUGAUGUUCCGUUUCAGAAGGCUGAAACUCCUUCUGGGUAAGAUCUCCUCCCUCGUAUUGUGGUGAAAUACCAUGGAUCCUCUAUUGGAUCAGAAGGUGUAACAGAGGUGUAGCACUAUCCCAGGGGCUCACACCAUUGCCCUGCAUUCCUGUGAGCUGCUCCUGUUGCUAAAAGGUUCUUUAACGGAUCUUGAGGGUUGGGAAGGGAGCUGACACAACAGUCAGUGCCUGUCAGGGUACAGGAUUGAACAUCUGGCUUAAGUGUGCAGCAUUUCCUGUCAACAACCUGCAAACUGCUCACAAUGAGGAAGUCAAGUAAAUAACUUUCUGACGUGUUUUUCUGUUUUGUAUUAAAAUGGGAAUGGAUUGUUAGUGUCUCUAGACUAAAGAGAGGCAAUUGUAGCAAAAGCCAAGACAGAACAACAGCUCUGUACCUACAGAAGUAAGCUGUUUUCUCAAAAGUGGGCUUAGAACUUUUUUCUUUUUUCCCCUGUCGAAGAUACCCUUGGGAUGCAUGUGAAAAUAAUGAAGUGGCUGAGAAAAGCUUUUAUUUAAAAAAAAGUUUUGAUUGGAGAUAAAGAUUGGCGAUAACUAGUAAGAUGGUAUCUUAUUUUGUCUGCUCAAACCUUAAAAUGCCACACGGGCAAUUAAUUUUGAAAUGGUCUCAGCACAUACUUUUUAUUAACUAUUUGAAAAUAGAGUUAGAAGUCUUUCAUUUGCCUCCCCCGUUAGUUUCCGCUUACUGAUUUCAGUGAAAGGCUGUGUGAAUUUCAUGAAACAAAAAGACAAGAGUUCAAAAAAAGCAGGGUGCAGCGUUUAUGUUAAAAAGACUGCAGCAUGUCAUGUUUUGCAUGUGGUAUGAAAUCGACCCUGGAACUUAAGUAUCACUUCUUCUGCCAGUAGCACGCUUAUUUUUGAAGCUGUGUGAGAAAUCCCUUCAUUUAAAAAAAGCAUCUAUCCAGUGUGGGCUUUUUUUCUACAGCAAAGUGGCGUGUAAUAUUAUUUCAUGGUAGUUGGAUAAGAGUUUUGAAAAAAAUGUGUCUUCCUAGGCCAAACGGAAGAAAGCGCUUGGUAAGUGGCCUGUGAUGACACAGCUGUUUUUGCGCAGAGGAAGCGGACUCCCUCAAGAUCAGCGCCGGAGGCGAUUUGCUCUGAUUGCAUCAGCGACACCCACAGCACUCCGUUCUUCACGUUGUUGUAUGAAUUUUACAGCCUGAAGCCGUCCCAGGAGGCAGCAGGGGACAAUGGAGUUUUCCAGGUGCCUCUACGUUAUCAGCGAUGCGCUGGUUAAGGAUGACCUGGCGGCUCUCAAGUUCCUCAGCCUGGAGCACAUCCCCUUGAGGAAGCAGGAAGCCAUUCAGGAGCCCAAGGCCUUCUUCCAAGCGCUGCAGGAGAAAGGCCUGAUCGAGGUGGGGAAUCUGGCCUUCCUGAAGGAGCUGAUCUACCGGAUCAAUCGCAUGGACAUCCUGGGUGACCACCUGCGCUCCAGCCGAGAGGAGAUGGAGAGGGAGCUUCAGAUCCCAGGCAAGGCAAAGGUGUCUCCUUUCAGGUACCUGCUCUUUCAACUGUCUGAAAACAUCACCACUGAGGAGCUGAAGUGUUUCAAAUUUCUUUUGGGGAAAGAACUACCAAAAUCCAGGCUGAACGCUGAGAAUACAAUGAUCGACGUUUUCAUCGAGAUGGAGAAGAAGGGAAUUUUGGGAGAAGACAACCUAAAGGUCCUGAAGACUCUUUGUGAAAAAGUUGACAAGAGCCUGGUGAAGAAAAUUGAAGAGUAUGAAUUAAACCGAUGUGGUGAAGAAGAGAUGCUCAUCACAGAGGGACAGAGUGGCAACACAGGAGUCACUGAAGCCUGUGCCAGACAGCUGGCCUCAUCCGUGUCACCUGAUUCUCCUGGCAGCCGUAGUGAAUCUUCCCAGGUUGAAGUUUACAAAAUGACCAGCCGACCCCGCGGAGUGUGCCUCAUCCUGAAUAAUCACAAUUUUGCAAGAGCCAGGGCAGAAGUGGCUGAACUAAAGAUGAAGGAUCGGAAUGGGACAGACGUGGAUGCAGCGGCUCUGAAGAAAGUCUUCAGCAAGCUUCACUUUAAAAUAGCGGAAUAUAAAGACCUCACCGCAAAGGAGAUCCGUAACAUUGUGAACAUCUAUCAGUGCGAAGACCACAAGGACAAGGACUGCUUUGUUUGCUGCAUCCUCUCUCAUGGAAAAAAAGGCAUUAUAUAUGGUGUUGAUGGGAAGGAAGUACCUAUCCAGGAACUGACCACUUCUUUCACUGGGCGGAAUUGCCACUCCCUUGCAGGAAAGCCAAAAGUCUUCUUUGUUCAGGCCUGCCAAGGUGAUGCUCGCCAGAAAGGUGUAACCAUUGAAAUAGAUUCUGGAGAGCAAGAUUCUUCUGUAGAAACAGAUGCACGAUUUCAACUUGACUGCAUCCCCUCAGAAGCAGACUUUCUCCUGGGCAUGGCUACCCUGCAGGAUUAUGUUUCCUACAGAAGUCCAAGCCAGGGGACCUGGUAUAUACAGUCACUGUGCCAACACUUAGAGAAGAGCUGUCCUCGAGGAGAAGAUAUUCUCACCAUCCUGACAGCAGUGAAUCAAGAGGUGAGCAGAAAGAUUGACAAACAGAAUGCAGGGAAGCAGAUGCCACAGCCCAGUUUCACACUGAGGAAAAAACUCAUCUUUCCUGUUAACUGAAUGAGAGGGAACUGCAGAGCAGCAGCUUGGAAACUGCUAGUAUCAGCUCAGGGUUUGGUAAAACAUUACUAACAACUUUCACUGUCUGCUUUUAGCACAAGAGCAGAUGUUUUACUGCUCCUCAGCGCUAUCUUCAAGCACUUAGUGUUAAUUUGUAUGUCAGUUUAUACUUGAGAACAUAUCUGAGCUGGUCUCUGAUUUGUAAUUUGCUAGCUAAAAUACACUCUUUGUUCUGUCAGCUGUACCACACUGCUGCUUCUUUAGUAAGCUAUUUUUCCAAAAGUGAUUGCAUGCAUUUCCAAAUUUAGAGCGACAACUGUUACAAAGCCUUGUGUAUUUUAUGCUUAGCUUUUGCAAAAUAAAGGGGGAGCGU